GCUUCGACUACAACGGCGAUAUUCGACGGUGGUUGUCGGCGCGCUUGGCUCGUCACACCGCGAGUGGAGAGAGGUCUCAAAAGAGGCGGUAAACUAGCAUUGAUCGAGGCUGGUGAUUCGCCGCAUGCUCAUCCCGGCGGCUCCUGUAAGAGGUCAACCGCGGUGAAGGAGAAAGAGACGAAAUCGAAAGAAGGGAAGAGAGAACGAAGCAAGGGGCGAGGCGAGUAAGGCAAUCGGUAUAUAUAUAUAUAAAUAGAGAACGAGGGAGAGAGAAAGGGAGAUCAGAGAGUCAGGAAAACAGAGAGGCAAGGCAGAUCGCGCGCGGUUGGAGCGAACAAAAGGGAUAUACAUACCGCGGCGAGCAAGGCGAGGCAAGCACGGCUAGACUCGCUACAGAAUGGCGUGGGGCUAUUGGAGCGCGACUUCCGUCAGCGACCGGGGUCGGUCACCUCGCCGCGAGAAGGACAAACAGCAUCAGAGUCUCUAUCAGCAGCAUCAGCCGCCGUCGCAGCAGCAACAACAAAUGCACCAGGCGGAGCUGUCCGCGCAGAGUACUUACGCCAGCGUGCAGGAACGAGAGAUCGGCGUGACCGCCUCUGGUGUGGGAGUCACGACGGAGGAACCACCCUGCAGCAUGAUGAUCCAGGGUGGUUCCUUCUAUUCAUAUUCGGCGGCGACGGCGGCUGCCGCGGCCGCCGCCGUGAGUCGUCGUAUCUCCACCGUCGUCGAAGGUAGCGGCGGUGGUCCGUCCUCCCUCACCUCUACCAGCAUGGUGUUACCACGGGAACGCCACGUGAGACCCGGCACUAGCACACAUCCGCCAUCGCCGGGUAGCGACUCCGCCGAGUACGAGCAGCCGCUUGUCGGUCAUCUACGCUCCGCAGCCGACAUCUCGCCGCCCCCUUGCAUCGGUAGUCCGCCGCAUCAUCAUCAUUACCAUCAUCACCACCAUCACGACGACAUCUUCGCGCAGCCUGGUACCUCGUCCAGAGUGACGAAGUUGCUCCAGUGUCCACAGGACACCAUCGAAGGCAUGGACGAACUAUCCGAGGCUGAGCUCGAAGAAGUGGCGGCAAAUGCUGAACUAAUUUAUGGACCCACUGCGACAUGCCGGGUGCACGGGCCGUGCAGUCAACAGCAGCUACCGCCGCCUCCAGAGUCCACACUCUCGAUGACGUCGCUGCUCGACGUCGAGCCUGCGGGCCCGUCGCAAUUCCAAUUCAACGAGAUCACCUGGGUUUUUCCGAACGUGCCGCCUGCUCCCGGGAUGCCGUGCCAGGGAGAAGACAGAAGCAUCUACAGACGUGGCGCUCGUAGAUGGAGGAAGCUGUACCGAGUGAAUGGCCAUAUUUUUCAGGCGAAACGAUUUAAUCGGAGAGCCUUCUGCGCGUUCUGCCAGGAUCGGAUCUGGGGCCUCGGACGACAGGGAUUCAAGUGCAUCCAAUGCAAACUGCUCGUGCACAAAAAAUGUCACAAGGUGGUACGCAAACCAUGCCUGAGCCAGCAGCAACAACAACAGCAGAGCGCAGAGUCACAGACGAUCGACAGAAAUGGCGACCAACAGCUUGAUCCGUAUCCAUGCGGCCCAGCGACUCAUCUCGAGGAUGAGAUUACAGAAUCGCCAAUCAUUGAGGAGCAUUCGCGUGAUCGAAUCGGACAUGAAGAAGGGGAAGAAUUACCAUUGGACACAUUGAACGAGGGUGAUACUUCAAACGAUAUGCAACGACAGUAUUCGUUAAACGACUUCGAAUUGAUUAGGGUGAUCGGCCGUGGUUCCUACGCAAAGGUCUUGAUGGUGGAAUUGAAGCGUACCAAGAGGAUUUACGCCAUGAAGGUAAUCAAGAAAUCUCUGGUGACAGACGACGAGGAUAUCGAUUGGGUACAGACAGAGAAACACGUAUUCGAGACAGCCUCCAAUCAUCCCUUUUUGGUGGGCCUACACUCUUGCUUCCAGACGCCUUCGCGUUUGUUCUUCGUGAUCGAAUUUGUACGUGGUGGGGAUCUCAUGUUUCACAUGCAAAGACAGCGCCGUCUUCCUGAGGAUCACGCGCGGUUUUAUGUAGCUGAGAUUAGUCUGGCGUUAAAUUUUCUACAUGAAAAGGGUAUUAUAUAUAGAGAUUUAAAACUGGAUAAUGUAUUACUUGAUCAUGAAGGGCAUGUUAAGCUUACGGAUUAUGGAAUGUGCAAGGAAGGCAUCCGGGAGGGCGACAACACCGGUACCUUCUGCGGCACUCCCAAUUAUAUUGCGCCUGAGAUUUUACGUGGCGAGGAAUACAGUUUUUCAGUGGAUUGGUGGGCUCUAGGAGUCCUAUUAUAUGAGAUGUUGGCAGGCCGUAGUCCUUUCGAUCUUACUGGUGCGGCCGAAGAUCCAGACAAAAACACUGAGGAUUUUCUAUUUCAAGUCAUUCUGGAAAAGACCAUACGUAUACCGCGAUCCUUAUCCGUUAAGGCUGCAUCUGUCCUUAAAGGAUUUCUUUGCAAAGAUCCGGCGGAAAGGUUGGGUUGCGGAAAGAGGCCUUCUGGUUUCCUCGACAUUGUCGCUCAUCCUUUCUUUAAAGCAAUUGAUUGGGAAAUGCUAGAGCAAAAACAAGUUACACCACCUUAUAAGCCACGUUUGGAUUCUGAUCGCGAUCUUGCAAACUUCCCACCCGAAUUUACGGAUGAGGAAGUCCGUUUGACUCCGGAUGAUCCGAAACAAAUUGAGAAGAUCGAUCAGAGUGAAUUUGAUGGUUUUGAAUAUGUGAAUCCUCUAUUAAUGUCACUGGAGGAUUGCGUGUGACAAGAGCCACUUUUCAUUGUGCAGCGUCACAAUCAAGACCAGCAACAACAGUAUCAACUACAGCAAUGUUACAUGUAU